AUAAUUCAAAGCUCGUUGGAGAGGACAAAGGCGUCCCUGGAAGCUCCUAGAAAUCUAUCGUUACAGAUCGGAAUUAGGGUUUUUGUGUUCGUUUUCGGCGCUGUUGGUUGCUUGCAGCUCAGAGUCUCGAAUUUUUCUGCGGUGCUUUAGGUUUUUGGAGGAAGGUUUCUCUGUGAUAAACAUGACAUCAGAGCCAAUGGCGGUGUUCAAAUUUGGUGUGGGAUAAAGGAUCUUUAAGGAAUGUCAGACUUGCAGGUGUAUGAGCUGGAAGAUAUUGUGUGGGAUGAUUUUGCUGAGAGUGAUGAUCAUAUAGUGCCUCAUCCUGGUGGUGAACAUGGGAACGAAUGUCCAGUUCGGGGUGAUAACUGCAAAAGACCGCGAUGUGAAGUAAUUGGUGUCAAUAAUAAUGCUGAUGACAGGAAUGCUACUAAAUAUUUUAGACAGGGAAAGGAGACAAAUUUACCAACUCUGAAACACAAAAGGGAUAAAAUGUUGGAAAAGGGUUCAUGGUCUUGCACACCUGAUGGUGUAUUUCCUGCUUCAUGUGAUAGUGACUCAAUUAAAGAAACGACAACUUUGUCAUCUGAUGAUACUAUGAUGUCUACUCGUUGCUUCAAAAGUAGCAAUAUAGAGUCCAUUGAUAAUGAGUUCUGUGCAAAUGAUCCUAUUCUUGGUGAUAGAUGUGUUGCAGUUGACAAUAAUCUGUAUCGUUAUCCGCUCAGUCACAUUUCUCAAGCAGACAAUGAUCUCAGCUUUUUUGAUAAUGCCCGGGAUGAGAAAGAAUGCAGUGAUCUUUUAUAUUGUGGGUGGCCUGACAUAGGAAACUUUGAGGAUGUUGACCGGAUGUUUAGAAGUUGCGACUCAACAUUUGGGCUAGGGAGUGCUAGUAAUGAAGAAGAGUUGAGCUGGUUUUCGUCUUCGCAUACUAAUGAAGAAUCUGAAGAUGCAAUGAAGUUGGGCUUUAAGUUUCCUCCUCCUGAGUCAAGUGUGUUAAAAAGUGCAUCAGAACAGAAUGAAGCUUCUAGGCCAAAUGAUGCAAGUCCUUCAAUUUCUGAGUCAAUCAAGAAGAACGUAUCCAUUGGUUACAAGCCAAGUCCUCAAAUAUCUGAAUCUAAUAAGCCAGAUGUUCUUAGUCAUUUAUCUUUCAUGGAUGGGUCAGAGACGGUAACUGAAAGUAAGGAUGAUUUCACAUCCAAGGAACAUGUUUAUUUGCACAAGAAGCAGUCAAAGCAUCAGAAUCUAUCAGAGGGAAAAAGAAAAGAUAGAUUCACAGAAAAUGGAGGUGGUUUUCAUCAUUUUCCCAACCCCAAGCAAUUUGCUGAUGUAAAGCUUCCAUUUGGGGACUCAUCCUGCCAAGUUCUUGCCACCUCAGGCAUUCGAAGACAGGAACAAAGUGUUGGAUCUGAUUCCUUGUGCUAUUCACACAUCCCUUAUACUCAUUCUAACUACAUUCACCCUUCUGAUCAAUUUCCAGUCAGUCCAACUCCAUCCUGUGUCAAAUCUGAAAACAAUGGUCACUCACCCUUUUCUCCUAAGGAGUCUUCUUAUGCAUCAAAUAUACAGUCCAUGGAGAGCUCUCAUGAUGCUUCAUUUGAGGCUCCUGCUAUGAAAGUGGAUGAGAAGAGAGAGAAGCUGUAUCGAAAACAAGGUUUUCAAACCUCUUUCACUAUCAGUUCAAAGCACAAGGACUUAGUGGUUCAAGCUGCAUGCUAUGAUCCAAUUUCAGUGCAGAAGCAACUCAAUCAUUCUGAAAAUGAAGUUGAAGGUCAUAGUGAAGUAGAAGGAGGUAGCAUAAGUAUUCCAAUGGAAAUGGAUUCUUCAAAUGUACAGGACAACUCUUGUAUGAGCUCUAUGUUGGAAGAAAUUUCACUAGAAGCAACUAGUUUCCGCCAACUUCAAAAUGUCACGGAACAGUUGGAUAUUAGGACAAAACUUUGCAUAAGGGAUAGCCUGUAUCGCUUGGCCAGAAGUGCUGAACAAAGGCAUAAUUGUGGAAGUCUGAAUAGUAGCAGCAGAGAUGAUGGGGAUACAGGUGGACUAUUGAUGGCUGCAGAGCCAAAUAAGUGCACUGGGUUUAUGGAUAUGGAAACUGAUACAAAUCCAAUUGAUCGGUCUAUAGCACACUUACUGUUUCACCGGCCUUCAGACCCAUCUAUAGUGCCCAAUGAUGCAUUAUCUCUGAAGUCUCAAAACAUGAUGCAAGGUUCUAUCACCAGUCCACCGGUAGUGGCUGAGAAACUGGUUAGUCUGGAAGAAAAUGCUGUUGGUUCAGAUAAAAAUGUAGCUGAUCUUGACAAAAAAUAAUAAGGAAUCCUUGACUUUGGCAUAAAUACAAUGGAAUUAUGUCUAUUUUGAGUUGUCGCAGAUAGUUAUGUAUAAAUUCCAUUUCAACAAGCCCCAGCAUGGAUGCCGGAUUUAAUCGCAUGCUUUGGAUGUCAUUGCUGAGAUUUGUUUUGUAGUCUCCUGGGCAAGAUCUUUAUUUGCUUACCUGUCAGUCAUAUUUGCAUCUUAACCUCUUCAUGUUAAUUAUGUCAACCAUUUAUUAGAUGCAUUUGUCUUUAUGUUUGAACAUGUAAAGAACUUGACAACAAGCUUACGCAUGUAACUAAGAGUCGGUGACUGACAUUCUGUUUUCACUUUUCUCAUGUAUCUAUACGAACCUUUAAAGCUUAGGGAUGGUAAAGAACUCAUGUAAUAAAUUUGAGAUCAUCAAAUUGGCUUCAAGAUUUUAUCUGA